AUGUCUCUUCCAAUUAGUUAUUUUGUAUAUCUUCAUUUUCUUCCUUUCCUUUUUUUACUUUUUUCUUCCUCCUCUCGAUGUUCACCCUUUUCUUCCUCCUUUCACCCUUUUCUUCCUUCUUUCGAUUUUUUCAGCCUUUUCUUCCUCCUUUCGCACUUUUCUUCCUUCUUUCGUUUUUUCACACUUUCCUUCCCCCUUUCACCCAUUUCUUCCCCCUUUCACCCAUUUCUACCUCCUUUCACCCAUUUCUACCUCCUUUCGUUUUUUCACCCUUUUCUUUCUCCUUUCGCCAUUUUCUUUCUCCUUUCGUUUUUUCAGCAUAUUCUUCUUCCUUUCACCCUUUUCUUCUUCCUUUUACCCUUUCUUUCCUCCAUUUCCUUUUCUUCCUUCUUUCGUUUUUUCACCCUUUUCUUCCACCUUUCACACGUUUCUUCCUUCUUUCGUUUUUUCACACGUUUCUUCCUUCUUUCGUUUUUUCACCCUUUUCUUCUUCCUUUCACCCUUUUCUUCUUCCUUUCACCAUUUUCUUGUUCCUUUCACCCUUUUCUUGUUCCUUUCACCCUUUUCUUCUUCCUUUCACCAUUUUUUUCUUCCUUUCACCCUUUUCUUCUUCCUUUCACCAUUUUCUUCUUCCUUCCGUAUUUCACCCUAUUCUUCCUCCUCUCGUUUUUUCACCUUUUUCUUCCUCCUUUCACCCUUUUCUUCCUCCUUUCACCCUUUUCUACCUCCUUUCGUUCUUUCACCCUCUUCUUCUUUCUUUCACCCUCUUCUUCUUUCUUUCACCCUUUCUUUCCUCCAUUUGUUUUAUCGCUCUUUUCUUCCGCCUUUCACCAUUUUCUUCCUCCUGUCACCAUUUUCUUCCACCUUUCGUUUUUUCGCCAUUUUCUUCUUCCUUUUACCAUUUUCUUUCGCCUUUCACCUUUUUCAUCCUUCUUUCGUUUUUUCACCCAUUUCUUCCUCCUUUCGUUUUUUCACCCAUUUCUUCCUCCUUUCGUUUUUUCACCACUUUCUUCCUCAUUUCUUUUUUCUCUCUUUUCUUCCUUCUUUCACCCUAUUCUUCCUCUUUACCUUUUUUUAAAAUAUACUUCCUCCUUUCACUUUUCUUCCUCCUUUUCCUCCUUUCACCAUUUUCUUCCUCCUUUCACCCUAUUCUUCCUCCUUUCACCCUUUUCUUCCUUCUUUCGUUUUUUCACACUUUUCUUCCCUUCCUCCUUUCAACCUCUUCUUUCUUCUUACGUUUUUUCACCUUUUUCUCCCUCCUUUCACCAUUUUCUCCCUCCUUUCGUUUUUACACCCUUUUCUCCCUCCUUUUGUUUUUUCACCUUUCUCCCUCCUUUCACCCUUUUCUUCCUCCUUUCGUUUUUACACCCUUUUCUUCCUCUUUUCGUUUUUUCAACUUUUUCUUACACCUUUAACCCUUUUCUUCCACCUUUAACCCUUUUCUUACCCUUUUCGUUUUUUCAUCAUUUUCUUCCGCCUUUCACCAUUUUCUUCCUAAUUUCGUUUUUUCACCGUUUUAUUCCGUCUUUCACCCUUUACUUCAUUCUUUAA